AUGCUCGAGGGGAUAAAGGGGAAGCCUGCCGGGAAGAUAACAAAAGCCCUCCGCUGGGGCAACAACAACAACAACAACAACAAUAGGUCUCCUCCUCCACCACCGCCCCCUCCGCCACCGCCGCCUCCACCAGGCACACAUUCGUCGUCCUCUCGUUCUGUAGCUGGUCAUCCUCCCCCUCCGGAAAAUCGUGACACGUCCAACGAUCGGAAGGCGAUAAUAGCAGGGGCAGCUGCAGGGGCGGGGCUACUCCUGCUAAUCAUGAUCGCGUUUUUGGUGUCAUGUGGAAGAAGGAAGAAGCGCAAGCCUCAUGAUCAUAUGAAUUACUACAGAGAUAACUCGCAUAGCCACCACACUGGUAAGAAUUACUAUGAUAUGACAUCCAAUGGGACAUGGAACAACUCGAUAGGGACAAGCAAGCUCCCCCCACCGCCCGGCAGUGCCAACGUGAGCUCCGAGUACAACUGGGUGGUGGGCCCACCCCCACCCCCUCCUCCAAUGAUGAGCAGUAGUGAGAUGAGCUCGGCUGGGUUUUCAGGGCCCCACCACUCCCCUCUGCCGCCCCCACACCCAGCGGUUGCCAUGGGGUUCAACCAGAGUAGCUUCACGUACAACGACCUUGCUGUGGCCACCAAUAACUUUGCCCACACAAACCUGCUCGGGCAGGGGGGUUUUGGGUAUGUGCACAAGGGGGUACUGCCAAAUGGUAAGGAGAUAGCCGUCAAGAGCCUCAAGAUGAAUAGCGGGCAGGGGGAAAGGGAGUUUCAGGCCGAGGUGGAUAUCAUCAGCCGAGUACACCACCGCCACCUGGUGUCACUCGUAGGUUACUGCACGGUCGGGACUCAACGCAUGCUCGUUUAUGAAUUCGUUCCCAAUAGGACUCUUGAAUUUCACCUUCACGCAGGAGUUGAUCUCCCGCCUAUGGAUUGGCCUACCAGGCUUAGAAUUGCUCUGGGAUCGGCAAAAGGAUUCGCGUAUCUCCAUGAAGACUGUCAUCCUCGCAUAAUCCAUAGAGAUAUUAAAGCUGCAAAUAUUUUGCUUGAUUUCAACUUUGAAGCCAAGGUAGCUGAUUUUGGAUUAGCUAAGCUUUCUUCAGACACCAAUACUCAUGUCUCCACAAGAAUAAUGGGAACAUUUGGAUAUUUGGCCCCUGAGUAUGCAUCAACUGGUAAACUCACUGAGAAGUCUGAUGUCUAUUCAUACGGAAUCAUGCUUUUGGAGCUUAUCACGGGACGACGACCUGUAGACAUCCACAGGGACGACGACGAUGAUACUUUAGUCGAUUGGGCUAAGCCCAUUCUGAUCUCCGUCACAGAAGGGGGAGAGUACGAGGGUCUGGUGGACCCACGGCUAGGAAACAACUAUGAUCCCCAAGAAAUGCUCCGUAUGGUUCAUUGUGCUGCUGCCUCUAUUAGGCAUUCUGCAAGAAGACGCCCUAAAAUGAGCCAGAUUGUGCGUGCUUUGGAAGGAGAUGUCUCCCUAGAUGACCUGCACGAAGGUAUCAAGUCGGCCCAAAAUGCUAUGCUUGGGUCAAGCGGCAGCUCUGACUACGACCUGAAGAGAUACAACCAAAAGGCCAGUGCUACCCCAUCAAGCCACGAUUACACUAGUAGUGAGCACGGGCUCACGGGUGAAUACAUCCACCCGAGCGGAGGGAACUCACAGGAGAUUCACCAGCCAAGCCCAGUAUACCAUGCUCACAACCCGUGA